AUGCUCCGCUUUCUCGCCCGCCUCCACACGGCCGAGGCCGUUCUGACACGAGACCUCUUCCUCGAGAGCGCCCACGUCUUUGCCGGGCGGCCCCAAACGCCGUCGUUUUUCGCCCGCUCCACCACAGACUUCACCUCGCUCUACUUGGACGGCGAACCGCACAACGAGAACAUCAGCGAGUCCUUGCGCCUCGACCCGGCGUUCCAGAACCUACUAGAGGCCCGCACAUCACACAUCCAGAACUUCGUGGGCCCGCGCUUCCCGCUUUCCUUCUCCGACUUGCUCUGUGUGGCUUGUGGCCUCGCCAACAUGUCCGUGCUGUGUUCGCUGCUGGCCAGCGCACUCGAGAACGUGGCGAUCCAGCAGUCGACGCUCCGGGCGGUGGGAAAACGCUACUUUCUUUUCCAGGCCCAGACCUGUACCACUUUUGCCGAUAUGGGCCAUCUUUCGGCCCACCACAAGGAACUAGAGCAUGCGCUCUCUUUGCUUGACGACCUGCCCCGUCUCAUUUGCGAUUUCAUGAAACAAAACUCCUUGUACGAUGCGGUGAUUCCGUAUCGAGGCGCACAUGCCGCAGGCCCUGUUCUGGCAGAAGAAGCAAAGAGGCUUCGCCUGCUCAUCCGGAACCAGACUUGUGUGGGCAGCUUCUACACGUUGCUCGGUCUUCUCACGACAAAGUUUGACAAGGACGCCGUGAGAGAACAUUUCUGGAACUCCCGUGUGCUCGAUCCAAACACGGGCAUUAUCCGCAUAGCCACAGACAACUACAACCGGAGCCAGACGUGA